AUGGCACCUUCCUCCACAGCACCCACUACUCGCUCCAAAGACAAAGAAGGCAAAAAGGAAGAGAAAGAAGUCUAUAACGUCGACAAAGACUCAGUGAACGUACCGAAGUUCAAUGGGGACAACUAUCCUAUUUGGGUUCGAAAGAUUCGUAUGCAUCUUCGAGCUAGAGAAUUGGAAGAGUUCAUCGACACGGAACUGAAAGAAGACGCGGAUGAACCAACAAAAACCAAAGCCAAUCGAGUUUGCAAUAUCCUUUCUCAUGGGAUCGAUGACUCAAUCUUCACUAGCAUCAUAACCGAAGAGAAUGAAAAAGCUCCGUUCGCCAUAUGGACAGCCAUCAAAGACAUUUAA